GUUGCUUUGAUUUGCUUGUUGCUUGCUUGGUUGAGUGGCUUCUCAGUGCACUUUCAAUUUGUGCCCCUCCCCGUUGCUGGACUCCGAUCCUCUUCGGCGUCGCUCCUGCCUCCGUCGACAUGGUGCGCCAUGUGGCCUCCCGCCUUCUGGCUCGCCUCGCUGCUCGCUCAAGCCCUGCCCCGUUGCCUUGUCUCCACCAGCAGUCGCGAUCUCUCAACAUCCAUGAGUAUCAGGGCGCUGCAUUGAUGAGCAAAUUCGGAGUGAAUGUGCCCAAGGGUGCCGUUGUCUCUUCCACGUCCGAGAUCGCUAAAGUUCUCGAGGAGCAAUUUCUAGAUGACACAGAGUUGGUGGUCAAGAGUCAAGUGCUGGCAGGUGGUCGAGGGUUAGGUACUUUCAAGAAUGGACUUAAGGGUGGUGUUCACAUUGUCAAGAGAGACCAGGUGGAGGAGAUGGCAGGCAAAAUGCUUGGACAGGUCCUGGUGACUAAGCAGACUGGAGCAGAGGGAAAACCGGUGAACCAGGUGUUUUUGUGUGAAAAGCUCAACUUAAUCAACGAGAUGUAUUUUGCCAUUGCUUUAGAUCGAGCUAGUGCGGGGCCAGUCAUGAUUGCUUGCGCUAAGGGUGGAACCAGCAUAGAGGACCUUGCUGAGAAAUAUCCGGAUCAGAUUAUCAAGGUUCCAAUCAACAUCAACAAAGGUAUUUCAGAUGAAGAAGCCGAGAAAGUUGUGAAAGGAUUGGCUCCAAAGAAGGUCGACAUGCAGCAAGGCAUUGACCAAAUUAAGAAGUUUUACAAGUUGUUCACAGAAACAGACUGUACUCAAGUUGAGAUCAACCCCUUGGCAGAAACGUCAACAGGAGUUAUGAUGGCCGCCGACGCGAAGCUUAACUUUGAUGACAAUGCAGCCUUCCGUCAAAAGGAAAUCUUUGCCAUGCGAGACACAACACAGGAAGACCCUCGUGAGGUUGCUGCUGGAAAGGUGGACCUGAAUUACAUAGGAUUGGAUGGUGAAAUUGGAUGCAUGGUGAAUGGAGCGGGGCUUGCAAUGGCUACAAUGGAUAUCAUUAAGCUCAGUGGAGGGACCCCUGCCAAUUUCUUGGAUGUGGGUGGCAACGCAACUGAGCAACAGGUUGUGGAAGCUUUUAAAAUUCUGACUUCCGACACGAGAGUGAAAGCUAUUCUGGUGAACAUUUUUGGUGGGAUCAUGAAGUGUGAUGUUAUUGCUGCUGGAAUUGUGGCUGCUGCUAAACAGGUGAAUUUGAAAGUUCCACUAGUAGUACGUUUGGAGGGUACGAAUGUGGAUGUUGGGAAGACCAUCCUGAAGGAAAGCGGUAUGACCAUCAUCACAGCUGAUGAUCUUGAUGAUGCAGCAAAGAAGGCAGUUAAAGCUUUGAAGCAAUAGGUGUAUUUCCAUCCCUUGCAAUGUUUCUGAGGGCACACACCAGGGAUUCGUGGGUUCGAGGAAAUGUUGUUGUUAUCAGAUGAGGUCACCAGACAGGUUACACCAGAUGUUGAACCCACUGUAACUAGUGAAUAAUUUCCAGUGAUAUUGAAUAUUCUCAGCUGAUGUCAUGUAUCAUUCUCAGAGGCAACAUUAUUUACGAUUGUUCAGGGUUACUCAAAUUUAAAGGAAGUGUGAAGAAUACGCUCUACUAUAGAUGCGAGAAAAUUAUUUUUUCUCACGAGCCAUGGUUUAGGGUGCAGUUUUUUAUGAGAUCUUAUUUUUUUUGUGAAUCUUGUUCGUUAAUGAGCUUUAAUGAUCAUGAGGUGCUUAGCAUU